CUUUCAAUGCAUUACUCUGUUUACUAGAAGAUAUGGAGUAAUUCGAAAGUUAAACCCCAUCUCAGAAAAGAAGGUAAAAUAAGCCGCCGGCCGACCAACUGGCGAUCUGAAAACCUAAAGACAAACAAAGCAAGUUAGUACUCCUUGUUCUAGAAGUAAUGCAAUGGCGAUAUCAAGCGGUGAAAUAGUGUAUAAAAUUUACCGAGCCCUAACCUUUGGCUUUUCGCCGUUAAUCAGCCUCCAUCUACGGUGGCGCAGAAUCCGGGGCCGAGAACACCCCAUUCGCUGGCCGGAACGCCUCGGCCGUCCCUCCACGCCCCGCCCCGCCGGUCACCUCAUCUGGUUCCACGCCGUCUCCUUGGGUGAAGGACUGGCCGCCAUUCCUGUGAUAAAGUGCUGUUUGGAGAGGAGGCCCGAUGUGACGGUGCUCAUGACCACGACCACGGUCUCGGCAUUUGAAGUGAUAAAGGAGAGACUUCCAAGUAAUGUCAUAUAUCAGUUUGCUCCUCUUGAUAUACCAUAUAGUGUGGAUGUUUUUCUUCAAUAUUGGAGGCCAAAUGCAGUUAUGCUGAUGGAAAGUGAAUUGUGGCCGAAUCUCAUCAUGGGCGCUGCAAGAUAUGGCAUUGCAUUGGCGUUGCUAAAUGGAAGAAUCUCCACAAAAUCAUUCCAAAAUUGGUCUAAUCCAGUAAUUUUACCACUGAUCAAGUUGAUGCUUUCAAAGUUUUCAUUGAUUCUCCCAUUGAGCACAAUCCAAGGGAUUCAGUUUCAGCUAUUGCAAGCUCCACCAUAUGUCAUAAACUAUACUGGAGACCUCAAAUUUGCUAUAUCAGAUUAUGGAAAUUCUGUUGGAGUAAAGAAAAGCCUCGAAGAGCUCCAGGCACAGCUUUCCUGUAGGAAAGUAUGGAUGGCGUCUUCAAUUCAUAAUGGUGAAGAUGAAGUAUUUAUCAGAGCUCACAAGUUACUAAAACAAAAGCAUCCAGAUCUAGUAACUAUUAUCGUCCCCCGUAAGCCUCACCUUGGACAAGAUAUCACGUUGAGAUCACAGGAGGAAGGAAUUUCUGUGGCAUUGCGGUCUCGUGGUGAUAAUCUAACCAAUGAAACGGGUAUAUAUAUGGUUGACACAUUAGGUGAACUUAGAGACUUCUACAGCUUAACGCCAAUAGCAGUAGUAGGAGCUUCAUUCCUUCCUGGAUCAGCAGGUCACAAUAUAUCAGAAGCUGCUGGAGCUGGCUGUGCUGUUUUAACAGGCCAUCAUGUUGGCCACUUUUCGCACAUGGUAGCUGAAAUGCAACAUGUGAAUCCCCUUUCAGUUCUGCAGGUUUCACAUGAUAAGGUAGUAGAUGCUGUUAGUGAGCUCUUUGUCAAUGCCGAUAUUCUUGAAGCUCACCGUCUGGCUGCCAGACAAGCUUAUCUUGCUCUAUCGCGUGGAAUUGUUGAAAAAUUAUGGGAUGCGUUGCAUUUUCACAUUUUUAUGAAAUCUGUAAGCACCGAUUAUGCACAUGGUGAGAGAGGCUAAAUGCAAAGGAGAACAAUCGCAAUGCUUCCUGUUUAUUGCUUUUGCAAGGUGAGAAAAUUUCCUAUUUUGUUGAAGUUGUUUAUUUUUGCAUACCCUCCAGCCUUUUAGUGUAGCAUGCAUGAAUGCAUUUUAAGUAUAGUGCAAUUUUCAUUAAAUAUAUACUCUUAAUGUAUAAUUUAUAAAUGCAUUUCAAAUUUUCAAUAUAGUCUUUCAUCUUUGCAUUA